UUUCAUUGAGAAAUUAAAUGAUAGAGAGAAAUCGUUUAGGUUAGAUGUUGGUUACUUCUUCUAAUUAACUUUGUUCAUAAAGUUGAUCUCGUCGUAUUUCAUAAAUUCAUAUUUAUAAGAUGUCAUUUUCAAAGAAAUUUCCCUCGAAUCUUUGUUGUUGAUUUCUUUGAACUAGCCGAAAAACUGUGGCUUAAAUUAUUAAUAACUGGUCCAGAAGUUUUUUGUGUGUAUUUUUCUGAUCUUAUUCAGCAGCAAAUAAAACAAGUAUUUUUCAAAGCAGAUACAUGAAUAGUCAUGGUUGAGACUGUCCCAUCUGAAACUAGCGACGAUGAACCUUUAGCAAUGUCAAAGACAAAAAUCGAUCACGCUUCAAAAGUAAAAGUCCAAGUAAAAAGAAUAAAGAAAUCUAACUUGCGUGACGCUGCUGUUUCUUCUUCUGACAACGAUGAUGAUGAUGAUGAUGAUGAUGAUGAUGAUGAUGAUGAUGAUGAUGAUGAUGCUUCUAGUGAUGAUGAGCCAUUAAAAACAAUAAACAAAACUGUCCAAAAUUCAAGAAAAAUUCUAAACAUUGAAAAACCCAUUGGUAGUCAUAAGUCGUCCCAAAAAAAGAAUUCUAAAGUCAGCUCUAAACAACACAACAAGCACGAUCUAUCUUGUUGCGAUUCUUCCAGCGAUGACGAGCCGUUACAAAGGUGUACUAAAAUCUUAGAAAUGAGGAAAACAGAAAAUAAAAAAAUCAAUCCAUUGAAUGACACGGUCUCUUCUGUUUCAUCCAGCGAAGAUUCAUCUAGUGAUGACGAACCUUUGACGAAAAGGACCAAAGAGAAUGAUUGUAUUGAUGACAAAAACGACUUGAAGAAAGUGUCAGACAGUGAUAAACAACCGCUUCUAAAGAAGCUGGAAAUCGAAGACACAACUGUUCUGUGUAAACCAGAGGACGAAGAAUCAAAAGUCGGAAGAUCUGAUAAAUCGACCAGUAAUGAUACUGAUGCCGCAAUUAAGACCAAACCUACUACAGAACAGAGCAACAAAAAGAAGCGCAAAAGAUCUGGAUGUAGUAGCGAGGAGAACGUAAAUAAAAAGGCAAAACUUUCAACGAAAGUGAGUACGAAGCUUUCCAAUUUGAUGCGUUAUGUUCGAGCUUGUGGCGUUCAUGUGGGAAAUUAUGCGAAGAUAUUCGAGGGAUGUAACUCGAUGAAAUCUAAAGAAGAAAAACUCACAAAUAUGCUAAAAGAUUUGGGGAUAAAAGGUCGUCCAAGUUUAUCACAGUGUAAGAAGAUCAGAUUAAGAAGAGAAGAAGAAAGGGAAGUAGCAGAACUCGAUGUAGGCAAUAUUAUGUCAGUUCGUCUCACACUGGCCUGCAAAGUUAUAUCUCAAACAGACGUUCAUAGAAGUGUUCCAAACUGUCCAACAAAAUAACGAAGCGUACUCGGUGUUUGUUAAAGAUCGUCAUAAACUAGAAAUAAAGAACGCACGUUUUACUUAAUUUUUUUGUAAUUUGUCAGCGAUUGGAUAUAUUAAUGCCGACGUUAUGUUGUUUUUCAUAUAUAUCGCUAAUUUUACUGCAGUUUUACUACUUCAAAAUAUUACCAUUUGUUUGCAACUUUACAGCCGCAUCUAUGUACUUUUUUACAUAAGAGCCGAAUGUGCAUUCAUUCUCUUAUGCUAUGUUAAAACUUUUGUGACAUAACAUCAGAGAAUGAAUGAACACAAACAUGAAAUGUACACAAAACAUUCAAUGGAUUUUUUUUCAACAGAGCGUACCAAACGUUCGAUUUAUUUUUUGUAAUAUUUAUCAGGGGGUUUUUUGUCCUCGUAUUUUGAGAGAAACAAAUAUUUCAACUUGUAUUAUGGAUGUGAGACAUUUAAAAUACAAUCCAUUUUGUCAAAUUAUAAUUUAUAAUACAAUAAUAACUGUUUAUUUACUUCGCUUUCA